CACAGCUGAAAUUUCGGAAAGAGGAAACGCGCAUCGUUGAGGACGAAGAUCCUCCCAUUUCCUCGGGACCCGGCGGACUGCCAAGCACUGCACAAACAGGUGCGCAGAAACAGGAGCCGGAACAGAACAUCGGAAAUAGACCGGACCGUCGGAUCUGCCUACUCUGCCUAGUUGCGUCCGCCCUCGUCGCGAUAGUGGUCGGGCUCUCGAUCCAUGUAUCGCAGACUCGUCAGUCUCUGAUCACCUCCGAGCGAAACUACCGGAGACUUUGGGAACAACAUCAGGAGAUGAACAGGACCCAACGCCAAUAUCAACAGCAAGUCCAUGAGUUGAACACAACCCUUGAAACCCGGACAUCAGAGUAUUCCCACCUGGUUCUCUCUCAGAGAAUCUGUCUGAAUAAUCUUUCCGCCCUCAACAACAACCUCACUAUGCUCGAAAACAACAUUACUACCCUCAGCUCGGAGCUCUCGGAGCAGAAACGAACGCAGAGCGAUCUCCGUCAUCAGCUGAAUCAGCACGAAAUGACGUACAGAAUCAUCAACGAAAACAAAGCUCAGAUUUGCCAAUACCUUACCAGCAAAAGAGUGCCAGCGUGUCCUCAGGAAUGGAUCGAAAAUGAAGGUCGGUGUUAUUUCCUAUCCAACCUGGAAGAAUCUUACGAUGGAGCGACGGAACAUUGUUCAAUCUUUGAUGCAAGGCUCCUCAAAAUAAAUUCAAACCAGGAAGAGGAUUUUAUUUCCACAUCUAUGGACAAUGGAAACAGAGCUUACUGGAUCGGAAAAUGCAGAGACGGGAAGGUGGACUCUAAUCUUCUGUACAAGUCCUAUCGAUGGUUCAGCUGCAGUAAAUGCAACGCGGACUGGAGCACCAGUUGCAAAAAUAAACACAGAUUCAUCUGCGAGAAGUCGGCACAUUUAUGCCGGGAUAUUCCUGAAGAGAUCCGAGGUCUCUGUCAACACCCCGUGGGGAAGACUUAAAUCAAAUGAAUGCAUCCCGCUUCUCCCCAUUCAAUCUACCCCACUCUCAAACUCCCAUCUUUUUACUUCUUCCCACCCUCUCUUCCCCUCCUUCCUACCCUAGUCUCCUCCUCUACUCGCAUUCUCAUUCUCCCCCACUACUCUCCCUUUCCCCAUCUAGACCAAUUUUCACCCUUCCCGCCCCGAUCCCCCCAUUUAAUCUCCCUUUCUACACCUCUCUUUGCCCUUCUCCCCAGCUCAUUCCGCUUCUGCCCUUGCUCUCUCCCCCUCGGACCCCAUUUUCUGCCUUUCCUCUCUCCGUUCUCUCCACACACUCUCACCUCAAUUCUGUGAACUCUGGCUCUCAAUUCCCCAACCCAGGGGAAAAGGCUGUGCACAUUUACCCUCUCUGAGCCCCUCCUGGCUUCAUACCCAUGCUCCAAGAAAUGUAGACACAUCCUUCCUGCUUGCAUUCUGUCCGUAACUCAGACCCUCGAGACCGGGCGACAUCCUCAUAAAUCUCCCUCCGCACUCUUUCCAGCUCAGUGGCAUCUUUCCUACAGGAGGGCGACCAGAACCGGAAACCCCCCUCCAAGCGCGGCCUCACCGACGCCUUGUACAACUUCAACGUGACCCCGGUACGGUGCAAAGAUGUAAAAUUAACGUAAAUUGGGAGAAUUAAUAAAUACUGCAAUGAAGGUGAAUACCGAAGAAGUGUUAAAGUGUUCAGGGAGGGUUCGCACUCUAAUGGCGGAGAGGAGGCAACUGCUUGUAAAUUGUUGAGUUUCCAGGCGCCUGUAACCCCUCCCCGAUGGUACCGAUGAGCACAGGGCAUUUCCCGGCGGGAGAGGGUCCACGCUGAUGGAUACGGUCUUCCCGAGGCAUUCCUACUUGACCAUGUCCUCGAUGGAGGGGAGGGUUGUUGACGGGCAAUAAUUAACACUCUGAGCCUUAAGGAGAAGGUGACCGCUCACCACACUCCGGGGAAUGGACGCGCCGAAUCCUGGGAGCCUGUCGCUGUUCCGUCGGGAACGUGACACCUUCUUCGUGUUUCAGUGAAUGUGCUAUCUCCACGCUGAUGGAUUCCACGUUCUGCUCCAUAUAUCCCAUAUCGUCCCCCACUAUCUCCCUGACCUCAGCCUCAAUCAAGAGCGCUACACCACCUCCUUAACAUUCCUGCUCAUCCUUUCGUAUUAACUGAUAUCCUUGGAUAUUGAAUUCCCAAUCCUUUCCACUUUGCAACCACGUCUCUGUAAUGACCACUAAAUCACUCCACUUUGUACUGAUUUGGGCCACAAGUUCACUGACCUUAUUUUGAAAACUAAGGGCAUUCAGAUAACGUGAUUUUACACUCAUUGUGCUUUUAAAAUCAUGUCAUCUUUCUCUCUUUACACUUGAAUUUUCUUCGUUUCCGUUCACUACUCUCUUACUUUUCUCUUUUUUAUCUUUUGAUUUUACUGGAUCUUUAUCCACACUUCUCGCUUUUACUUUAUCCUUACUCCGCCAGUCUGCUGAACAGAACGUCGUUCUGCGUCUCGCUGUUAUCCAGGUCCCAUCCCGGUUCAGAUGCAUCUUGUCCCAUUUGAACAGCUCCCUCCUGUUGCCGAUUCCAAUGAAUUCAAACCCAGUUCUCCCACACCAAUCCUUGACCCACGCAUUUAACUCUCUAAUCUUCUUUACCUUAAGCCAAUUUCACAUGGCUGAGGCUGUAAUCAUGAGAUUUCCUCCUUUUUGUUUUAGCUUUUUUUUAGUCCAGCUGCUGAAUUCCCUCAGCAGAAGCGUUUACCUCGAUCUACCGAUGUGUUGCAUAUACAUAUUGACUUGGUUUCCGCCGCCGCCUGCCGCAAGGAAUUCCUCCAAUCAACCCUCAUGGCAGAAGAAAUCCCUCCGAACUUACGUUCUAAAUUCUCAUCCCUGCAUGCUGAGGUUGUCCCCGCAGGCCUUAACACGAAUUUGUGCGUGGAAGGUCACAUUUGACAAAUUUUAUUGAAGAGGUUACUGGGAAAGUAGACAAGGGUAAAACAGUGGAUGUUAUCUAUAUGGACUUCAGUAAGUAUGCAGAUGAUACUAGGUUAGGUGGCGUUAUGGAUAGUGGAGACGGUUUUCAAAGCUUGCAGAGAGAUUUAGGCCAGUUAGAAGUGUUGGGCUGAAGAUGGCAGAUGGAGUUUAAGGCUGAUAAGUGUGAGGUGCUACACUUUGAUAGGAAUAAUCCAAAUAGGACAUACAUGGUAAAUGGUAAGGCAUUGAGGAAUGCAGUAGAACAGAGUGAUAUAGGAAUAAUGGUGCAUGGUUCCCUGAAGGUAGAAAAUCAUGUGGAUAGGUUGGUGAAGAAAGAUUUUGGUAUGCUGGCCUGGGUAAUUUACAGCGUAAGUUUAAACAAGCUAGGUCUUUAUACUUCAGAGCGUAGUCGGUUGAGGGGGGUCUUGAUAGAGGUAUUUAAAAUUAUGAGGGUAUAGAUAGACGACGUGGCUAGGCUUUUUCCAUUGAGAGUAGUGGAGAUUCAUACAAGAGGAUAUGCGAAGAGAUUUAGGACGCAAAAGUUUAAGGGUAACCCGAAGGGAAAUUUCUUGACUCAGAGAGUGGUAGCUGUGUGGAACUAGCUUCCAGAAGAAGUGGUAGAGACAGGUUCCAUAUUGUCAUUAAAAAAAUAAAAUUUGAUAGGUGUAUGGACAGGAAAGGAAUGGAGGGCUAUGGGUUGAGUGCAGGUCGGUGGGACUGGAUGAGAGUAAGCGUUCCGCACGGACGAGAACAGCCGUUAUGGCAUGUUUCCGUGCUACAAUUGUUAUUUAUGACUGAUCACUUUGCACAUGUAGUCUAUGUUGGGACCAGAACUUCUUACCUUGUCUGUCAAUCAUAUGGAAGUUGGAACUCAUAGCGCUUUUUGCGAAGAUUGCAGACGAAAUGAAGACUGGCUGAGGGGGCAGGCGAUUUUGGGGAAGUAGUCAGGAUGUACGCUAUAUUCUAAAUGAUGUGAACAUAAAACAACUAAGGCUGAAUGGGAUCACUUAAAGGUCAAUUUACACGCUGUGGAAGGUAAAUGCCAAGGUGGCAUGUAUUUCAAGGGGGUGAGAGUAAAACACAAGGAUGUAAUAUUGUGACUUUACAAAGCAAUGGGGAGGCCUCCGGUGGAGCAUUGUGAACAAUUGUGGGCCCCUAAUCUUGCAGAGGGUGUGCUGAAGAUGAAGAGGUUUCAAAGGAGCUUCAUAAAAAUUAUUCCAUCAAGAGCGUUUGAUGACCCUGUGGUUGAUGCACAGGUGUUUAUUUUUUUUUAAAAAAGCGUCAACUCAUCGAAACCUCUCGAGCGGUGAAAAGGCUUUGCUCAAGAGGAGAUGGGAAGGAUUUUCCUGCCGGUUGCAGAGUGAACGACCAGAAGAUACAUCUCAGAAUAGAGAGGGUGCCCUUUAGGCACCCGUUAUCCUCUGAAUUCCAGUGAGUACAGGCCCGAGCCGUGAACGUUUCUCCGCAUGACAGGACUUUCAAUCCUCGAAUAAUUCUUGUGGAACUCCUGUUAAACCUCUCUGAUGGAAACUCAUACUUUCCUCGAUCAGGGUUCCGAAACUCCACAACACCUCGAGUUAGGCCUCACCAGUGCCUUGUAGAGUCUUAAAAUUACAUCCUUGUUUACAUAUUCCAGCCCUCCGAAAUGAAAUUAUCAUCACAUUCACCAAAAGAUG